AUGGCGGAGAACAUUAAAGUCGCUGUGCGCGUUCGACCGCCCUCGUCCUUUGCUUCCCUCUCGGGUCUCUUCUACUCAGAGGAACUCGACUUGAAGUCCGGAGAGCGCUGCCUGCAGCUGUCGGGGCCUCUAAGUGUCGAGGAGGCAAACGGCGGCACGGCAGCGGCUGUGCAUGUACAGAAUAAGCUCGGAAACAAGUCCGAAUUCAUCUUCGACGUUCUCUUCGAGUCGUCCCAGAAGGCGCGCACAGGCGCGGACAGACGCGAGCUAAACACUGAGAGCGCCGAAUCAGCGUGCACCUUCUCGGGGUUGGAAUGCAACUCGCAAGAAGCCGUCUUUGAGCGAACUGCGAGGCCUCUCUGCGACGCCCUCCUGGACGGAUUCAACGCAACGAUCCUCGCCUACGGGCAAACUGGAAGUGGAAAGACGUACACGAUCGUUGGUCCACAUGAUGGAGCUGGAGAAAACAAAGAAGAGCGCGGAGUGUUGCCACGAGCGUUGCACUAUUUGUUUUCCAAGCUUCCGGCGCACCGAUGUCAGGAGAGCUCGUCGGAAGGUGGAUCCCCGGGGACAGAAUCUUCUUCGAUUCUUUCCUGGGCGAUGCAAGUCCAGUUUGUCGAGAUUUACCAGGAACAGAUCUACGAUCUGCUCUCGCUGUCUCCGGCGUCGGCCUUUGAGCGAGGCGCCGCGCCUCUCUCCGGUUCGCCUGCGACGAGCUUCGCAGCUUCUGCGCCUCCUGUGCCGAAUGCGGGGCGAGAAGGCGCUCAGUCGUUCUCCCCGCGCAAUCGAACGGAAGACGCCAACGGAGCAGAGAGCGGGGGAAACGGCGUCGGGGGCGCGGUAGCGACGCCGGGAGCUCUCCGGGUUCGCUACGAUCCCUCGAGCAAGACGGCGUAUGUCGCUGGAGCUCGUCGAAUCCCCGUCGCCGACGAGGCGCAAGCCCUACAGAUCUUUGCGCAGGGUGUGAAGAAUCGCCGUACCGCAGAGACGCGCCUGAAUCUCUCGAGUUCGCGGUCCCACGCGGUCUUCUCCAUCUUUCUCCACCUCGAGAAGAAAGAGCAGACGGCGAACCAGAAGGGGGACGCAGAAGGCGGCGGGAAGGCCAUGCGAAGGAAAACCUCCGCCCAACUCCACGUCGUGGAUCUCGCGGGAAGUGAACGGCAAAAGGACACACUCGCCUCUGGAGACAGACUCCGAGAAGCCGGGAAGAUCAACUAUUCGCUGUCUGUGCUUUCGCACGUGAUUCGCGAACUCGUCGAGCAGGGAGGGGACGGCGAGCAGGGGCCGUCAACGCCCACGGCAGGCGGGAAGUCGACGCGGGCGUCGUCCUCGCACAUCCCGUACCGCGACAGCAAAUUGACGUUUCUGCUGAUGGAUGCGCUCGGCGGGACCAGCAAGGCGGCGCUCAUCGCCACGCUCUCGCCUUCCCUGGCGCACUUGGGCGAGACCGUCAGCACACUGACUUUUGCUGCGCUCAGCAAGCGCAUCAAAAACAAAGCGAGGGCCAACGAGGUGAAAGUCUGGGACAAAGCCUCAGUUGAAGAGAUGGCCCGCGAUCGGGAGAGACAAGUCGAGGAAGUGAAGCGGCUCCGCGCGCUGCUGCUGCAGGCGAAAGGCGUCGCGGAGCCUGCCUCGCUGAGUCUGGGAAAUCUCUCUUCAGCGGAGUUUCUCUCCCUGCUCAACAAGGCGAGCCCCGAACGGGCCUCCGCGGGCGCCGCAGAAGACGCGGAAAGGCGAACACAUGCAGAGCUCCAACGCGUCGCGAUCUUGGAAGCUGCGCUCGUGGAAGCUGCCGAUCUACACAGACGCGAUCAGGUCGAUGCUCAAAAGCACAUCGAUUCUCUGCAAAAACGAGUCGAGUACUACGAAGACUUCGUGCGCAGUCUCCAGCGGCAGCGGUCUCGAGACUCGGCGCCUCAGCCUUCGUCCCAGGCGAGUUCUCCCUCCGAGGCUUCUGCCUCGGCGGUGUCUCCGACGCCGGAGGCCGCGGAGACGCAGAGACUGCGCCUGGAGCUUCAACAGCGCAGCGCGGAGGCGGCGCGCCUGCGUGCAUGCGUGGCGGAUCUUCAGGAGAAGGAGAGGCCUCUCGUCGCGUUGUUGAUUCUUCUGCAAAAGCAUCUAAAGUAUCGGGAGGGUUUGGACCGGCUCUCGGCGCUGCCGACCGAGGAGGAAGAGCUUCUCGAGAGCCGCAACGGCGAGGAUGCCGCCUUCUACUGCAGACAGCAGCUGCUCGUGGAGUUGCUCGAGGGUAUGGUCAAUGCGAAGGGAGAGCCCGCGGACUCUUGCCUCGCCCUGGACGGCGAGACGCAUGCAGAGAGACCGACCGAGGUGAGCACCAGCACUGCCCCGGAAGCGCGAGAGGACGACGGGGCGAGCGAGAAGGCACGAGACACCUGGGUCGCCAGCGAGGGCGCCGCCACGCCCGGCUCGGUCUCUACCACGUCGGACCUGCCGCAGGCUUCCCCGAAGAAGGCAAGAGGCCGCAGCGCAUGCGAAGCGCCGACCAAGAGAGAAGACGCGGCGGUCGGGGCGCCUGAAGACGCGUGGGAACGUCAAGUCGCGAGCCUCGCGCAGGCUGCUUGCGCCCUGGUGCGCCACGUCCACAAAAACCUGCCGGAAGUCGCGGUUCCGGCUUUCCCCGGAGACGCCGAACGGGAAGAUGGGUGGCCUUUGCACAGCGCCGCGCUCCCAGAGCGGCAAGCUCAAGUCGAGAAGAUCACCGCGCAAGUGCAUGCGCUUCAAUCCGUCUUUGACGCACUGCUGGCGCGAGAGGGCGGCGAGGCCUCUUCGGGCAGUCUGCGGGGUGCGAGCGUGGCCCGGGACACUUCGUUUUUCUCGCUCGCCACGAGCUCGAAGACGAGUGAAAGUCUCGGCGCGAACGCCACGAGUGCGUCGCCGCCUCGCUGUUUCUCCUCGCCGGCAGACUGUCACUCGGACGACUGUUCCACGCCCGAGCGAAGGGCGCAGGGCGUCGGCGCGGGGGGCGAGAGUCAGAUGCUCAGAGAGCUGUACGAAGACGAGAAGCGAGCGAGUCAAGCCCUCCGGCAGCAGGUUCGCUGGCUUCAGAAAACGUGCAGAAGACUCGAGAACAACGCGGAAUGCCGAGUCUUCUCGGGGGGUGGCGAGAACGGGCACGACGAGACUCUCGCGCAAGUGCUGCAGGAGUACCGAGACCGCGUGGCGGAACUCGAGGACCAAGUCGCUCUCCUCACGCAAAGGCUGGAGGAAAAGAGGAACGCUUCCUUCGAAAGCGCCGGCGUCCGAUUCUUCUCAAGACCCUGCGCCGACUCUGCCAGGCUGAAGGCGCCUGCCUCACCAGACGCAGCGUUCGCCGCCGACAGUGCCUCCGGCGCGGCGGCAGCAAGCUCUCCGUUGCCGCCUCUCGCUUCGAGCAAAGCUCCUUCCUUCCCAUUUGUUCUUCCUCUCGUGACUGUGUUUGACGGGCGAGGCACUGUGCAGGGACAUUUUGCGAUGGUGGUGUCUUUGCGCGACAAAGGCGCUGCGGGAGGCGGAGAUAAGCCGGGAUCUCUGGCUGCAUUGAGCGUUCUCCAGCACGUGGACGACGACCGAGCCUCCGCCGUGAGUCUUUUGUACUUCCUCCAAAAGUGCGGCGACGAAGAUGAGGUGCAAACGCUUCUGUCCGCAGGAAAAGCGAAGGCUCUCAUUCACCGGCUGCCGCUUUCGCAGGUGAAGAGGGUCAGCCGCGUGCUCGAGUACGGGAGGAAGAAGAAUCAGGCGACUGCGCGUGCGCGCAGGAGAGACACGGACGACCUCGACGGACAGCACGGCGCAGAUAGGCCUGCUCUGGGGCCGACAGCGGCAGGUAGCUCAGAGCUGGCAUCUCGACACGACGGCAAAACAGGGGAAGAGCAAGAACUCUCUUUCUCUUCGUACGUGUACCGCGUCUACUUUAAGCUGCCGAUCGGCGUGUGGGCAGAUCAAGCAGAAGACGCGAAAACCAGAUGGAUAACUGUCGCCGUCGACGACAGGGCUCUGCUGCGGCACGGGGUCACCUCGCCCGAGGCCUGUGACAAGCUGCUGCUCUCCGUGCUCAAGGGCAGUACGGCGCAAAAGACUUCUGGGGCGUGA